AUGGCGGAUUCCGAAUUGCCCACUCGCCCCAAGCACGAGGAAACCCCCGCUGCGGAGGGUGCUGAGGGCGCCGAGGGCGGAGACGGCAAGCUGAGCAAGAGCGCGCUGAAGAAGCUUGCGAAGGAUAAGGCAAAGGCGGAGAAGGCUGCGCAGCGAGCUGCCCAAGAGCAGGCCCAGGCUGCGGCAGCUGACGCCAACGACACCGCAAAGCAUCUAUACGGCACGAUUCCCGAAUCCGAAGACGUCCUUCCCAGCACGCAACUCUCCCAGAUUAGCGACGAACAUUACGAGCAGGAAAUCACAUUGGUCGCUCGUGUGGACAAUGCCCGGGUUCAGAGUGCUAAGUUGGCAUUUCUGAUGCUUCGACAGCAGGGUCUGAAGCUACAAGCUGUCAUUGCUGCGGCGGAACCCAUCUCACGACAGAUGAUCAAAUACACUGGUGGUCUCAAUGUCAAUUCCAUUGUCCAGGUCACUGGUGUUGUCAAGAAGCCCGCUGUUCCCAUUGCUUCUGCAACUUUGAGCAACCAUGAAGUUCACAUCCGCAAGGUUUACACGAUUGCCGAAGCAUCCCAACAGCUUCCCAUGCAGGUUAAGGAUGCGGAAAGGCCACUUCCAGAGGCCACCGAGGAGGGUUUCCAGGUUGACGCCGACGGUACCCCCAUCGUCACUCUUAAGACCCGACUUGACAACCGUGUCCUCGACCUUCAGACAGCGACCAGCCAGGCUAUUACCUGGAUCUCUAGCGGUGUUGCAGAGCUUUUCGCAGAGUACAUGAUCAAGAGCGGCUCUCGAUGGAUCUCUACACCGAAACUCGUGGGUGCUGCUACAGAAGGUGGCAGCGGUGUUUUUGAGGUCAAAUACUUCAAGAGAAACGCAUAUCUGGCGCAAAGCCCUCAGCUGUACAAGCAGAUGUGCAUUGCUGGAGACAUGGAGAAUGUCUUCGAGAUUGCACCUGUGUUCCGUGCCGAAGACAGCAACACUCAUCGCCACUUGACUGAGUUCACGGGUCUCGAUUUCGAGAAGACUUUCCGUUCCCACUACCACGAAGUUUUGGAAUUUGCUGAGGACCUUCUCGUUUUCAUCCUAUCCGGUUUGAAGGAGCGAUACAGUGACAAGAUCGCCAUUAUCCAAAAGUCUUACCCCAAGGCAGGCGACUUCAAGCUUCCCAAGGACGGCAAAGCCCUGCGACUAAACUACAUGGACGGUGUAGCGCUUCUAAAGGAGGCGGGUGUGGACGUUUCAGAGCAGGAGCGCUUUGAGAAUGACUUCAGCACGGCUAUGGAGAAGCAACUGGGCCAAAUCAUCCGUGACAAGUACGACACCGAUUUCUACGUGCUGGACAAGUUCCCCAUGGCUGUUCGCCCCUUCUACACGAAGUCUUGCCCCCAGGACUCCAAAUUAUCUAACUCCUAUGACUUCUUUAUGCGCGGUGAGGAAAUCAUGUCGGGAGCUCAACGUAUCCACGACGCGAAGGAGCUGGAGGCCUCUAUGAUCGCGAAGGGCGUCGACCCCAACCACGAGGGUUUCGAGGACUAUCUGGCUGCUUUCCGCCAGGGCUGUCCUCCCCACGCUGGUGGUGGACUCGGUCUGAACCGUAUUGUCAUGUUCUUCCUUGGAUUGCCAAAUGUCCGGUUGGCGACUCUGUUCCCUCGUGACCCUCAGCGUCUACGUCCUUAA